UUUUUUUUAUGUUACAACGAAACACAAGAGUUGAUUUGGGCUGCUCAUGCUCAGCCUCGACAAGCUAUCUUUUGGACCUCCUUUCCUUUUUCUCUCUCUAGGAUUAAAUAAAAGGCUGUCCUUUUCUUUUUCUUUUUCUUUUUUUUCCCCCCCUCAUCUUUCUUUCUUAUUCUCUACUCUUUCAGAUAUCAGGUGGGCCAAGAGCCUCUUUAGAUUCAGACAAGAGUAUUGAGGAAUUCCAACACCAUAUUAUCAUUACUCUCCUUUCACUUCUUCCUAUUUUUGCCUUAUCUUCCUUCCACACACGCACACUUUAUUUUUCAUAUAUAGAAAAGACAAAAAAGAAAAUGACAGCUGAGAAAGAAAAUAGAAAAUCGCUUGCUCUAGUGCGCACCCGAACCCUGGAGCGUACACAGGGGAAUGCUGUCCCUAUUGAAUUCCGCACCUUGUCCAUCCAUGUAACAGAAACCCAACGCUCCAACAAGACUGGCGAGUUCACGGCCUUCGAGUCCAAGAAGAAUAAAUCCAAGGGUAAAGGCGAUGAGAACCUCGGUGUAGAGACCGAUUUCUUUGCUGCAGUUGAUUUCCACAAGUUAUCGACUGCAGAGAUUGCUCUGCGCUUCAAUUUGAAUGAAGCCCUGGGCUUGGAGCAAUCCGAAGCUGAACGUCGUCUCCGAGUGAACGGUCCUAAUACACUCGAUACACGCAAGCCCAACUACAUCAAAAAGGUCCUUGGUUAUAUCUUUGGAGGCUUCUGUUCGGUUCUCUGGAUUGGUGUGAUCACCUUCUUUGUUUGUUGGCAACCACCUCUUUCGAAUCCACCCAAUGUUACCAACUUGGCCCUUGCAAUCCUAGUUAUUUUUGUCAUCUUCCUUCAGGCCAGCUUCUCCGCUUUUCAAGACUUUUCUACGGCCCGUGUCAUGUCCUCUAUCCUGGACAUGAUCCCCUCGGACUGCAUUGUCUUCCGUGAUGGCAAAUUGGUUAAGAUCCCUGCAGCGGACUUGGUGGUUGGAGAUCGCGUCCAACUUUCACUUGGCAACAAGGUCCCUGCGGACCUACGCCUUAUCCAGGCCUCCAAUGAUACUCGCUUUGACCGCGCUGUACUGACAGGGGAAUCUGAGCCAAUUGAGGCGAGCAUCACAGCUACAGAUGACAACUUUUUAGAAUCAAAGAACAUUGCCUUCAUGGGAACUCAUGUGAUUCAGGGCUCCUGCGUCGGUGUGGUGAUCUUGAAGGGCAAUGACACCCUGAUGGGACGCAUCAACAAACUAACUGCAGGCCGUAAGGAGAAGAAGACAAUCAUCCAACUAGAAAUUUCUCGCUUUGUCCGUAUCAUUGUUUGCCUCACGAUAUUCCUUGCAACCUUAAUCCUUUCUGUCUGGGCAGCCUUUAUCCGCCCAACAUACCCUAAUUUUAUGCCCGUUGCUGUCUUGUUGGUCACCCUAAUGGGCUGUGUGGUUGCUUUUAUUCCAGAGGGUAUGCCUGUCUGUGUCUCUUUGACUCUAUUGAUGAUUGCCCGUAGAAUGCGCUCUAAUAACAUCCUGCCUAAAGCGCUUACCACUGUCGAGACCCUUGGGUAUGUGAACAUCAUCUGCUCUGAUAAGACUGGGACCCUGACUGAGAACAAGAUGUUUGUCACAAAUAUGGCCUUUUUGGAUAAUGAAUCGACCCCUGAAGAGGUGCAGCUCAAGAUCAAGAAGGAAGUUCGGCCCAACUCACUCCCACAACCGGAGGACAAUGCACAGGUCCUGGCCCUUCAACAAUUCCAGCUAGCAACAUCUCUCUGUAAUAAUGCCAAGUUCGAGCCGGAGACCAUGCAUUUGCCGAUCCAUGAACGCUCAAUCCUGGGAGAUGCCACUGACAGUGCUCUCUUGCGACUUUCUGCCCAGCUUUCGGAUGAUUCGGCCCUGGUAGGCUCCUUUGAGCGCACACAUGAGAUUCCUUUCAAUUCUCGUAAUAAAUGGAUGAUGGCUGUCUACCAAGGCUCAGCUCAGCGACCUCAGGUGAUCAAGACUCUAUUUGGUCCUGACAUGAGCAGCGCUGACAAGACUACAACUAACGAGAAAGGCUCUCAACUAGUGUUUGUCAAGGGUGCGCCUGAUGUUCUUCUGCCGUAUUGCACAUCGUUCCUAUCUGUGUCGAAUACACAUCAGCCUCUCUCUGCUGAAUGGAUGACUGAACUUUCCCGAAUCCAGAUGGCCUGGUCUCGCCGCGGUCAGCGUGUAUUGAUGCUCUGCAAGGGCCGCUACAACCCCUAUUUAGCUUAUCAUACCGGUAGUUCCUCCAACCACGAUGCAACCCAGGAUGAGUUGACUCGUCAAGGUCUUCAGGACCUGUGCAUCAUUGGCCUCGUUGGUAUUAUGGAUCCCCCCCGCCCUGAGAUCAAGGAUACAAUCGCCGCCUGCCGCAGAGCCGGCUCCCGCUUCUUCAUGGUCACAGGAGACUUUGGAUUGACAGCUGCUGCGAUUGCAAAACAAAUUGGGUUGUUCACUGGCGAUGCUGAUCCGGAUACUUAUGAGCACAUUAUGGACCCUAGCCGCAAGAAUAUUGGGGCCAAUGCCCCUGAACCACUUGAGGAAGAUGGUAGAUAUGAGACGGGUCGCCCUCAGUACCGUGAAGGGAGCUCUUUGGUACUGACUGGCUCAGACCUUCUCAGGAUGAGUCCUGGCGAGUGGGACCUCGUCUGUGCUUACGAGGAGAUUGUCUUCGCUCGUACAUCGCCUGAACAGAAGCUUAGAAUUGUUUCUGAAUUCCAACUUCGUGAUGGUGUUGUGGCUGUCACGGGCGAUGGCGUGAAUGAUGCUCCGGCUCUCAAAGCUGCUGAUGUUGGCGUUGCUGUUGUCUCCGGGUCUGAUGUUGCGAUUGAGGCUGCUGAUUUGAUUUUGCUGGGAGGAUUCGACGCCAUUCCUGAGGCUAUGCGUCUCGGCCGCCUUGUCUUCCAGAAUCUACAAAAAGUUAUUGGCUAUUUGCUUCCUGCUGGCUCCUGGUCUGAGAUUUGGCCUGUCUUGAUUAAUACAUUCCUCGGUACACCCUUACCUCUGUCCUCGUUCUUGAUGAUUAUCAUCUGCUGCUUUACGGAUUCUUUCCCUUGUACGGCCCUGGUCAUGGAGCAAGAAGAGUUUGACCUUUUAGCACAGCCGCCUCGUAAUGCUAAGAAGGACCAUUUGAUCACCGGACGUAUUUACCUCCAAUCCUAUAUUUUUAUAGGAAGCUGUAUGACCUUCUUCAGUAACAUGCUCUACUUUACUUACCUGAAGGAGUAUACGGGCCUAUCCUUCCAAGACCUAGCCCUGACGUACGGCAAUAUUGAUUAUUCGAAGCUUAAGCCCGGUAUCACACCUGAGGACUUUAAUGGUUUCUAUGUCAAUACAGGCCAAUGUGUGACCUUUGUGGCCUUAGUCAUCAUGCAAUGGGGAAAUGUUUUAUCGAUCCGCAACCGUCGCCUCUCGAUUUUACAAGGUAAUCCAUUCACGAAGGAACGUCGCAAUCCAUACUUGUUCCUGGGUAUGUUCUUGGCCUUGGCAACCGCAAUCCUCGUGACCGAAACCCCAUCGAUUAACGAAGUCAUGUUAACCAAUUCGGUCCCUAUCAAGUAUUGGUUACUCCCUAUCCCUUGCGCAGUUGGGAUCUUGGUGUUGGACGAGAUCCGUAAACUUACCGUUCGCUCUUACCCUAGAAGUAUCAUUGCUAGGCUAGCAUGGUAACAGCCAAAACAAACAAACAAACAAACAAACAAAAAAAAAAAAAAA